AUGUGCCACUAUAAAACACACGCAAUUGAAACGGAAAGAGGUUUAAUAAGCGUUUACUUUGAACAGCAAACCAAAUUAUAUUGCUUGCUUCACACUGCGAACAAUAUUUUACAGGCACAUGUAUAUUCCCCCGACGAUUUUAAAGACGCCGAAUGUAUGCUCGAUAAUGCCGCUGUCGGGCUAGGCACGUUAAGCAAUGAUCAGGGAAAUGAUGCAGGGGAUGGACACGCUGAUCAGAAUAAUGGAAAUUGUUACACCUCCGAUGGAGAUGGCAACCGUGGCAAUAGGCAUCUCGCUGAUGUCAGAGGGAAGGAACAUUUAAAAUGCAAUAGCGUCCUCACGUACAUUAAAAGAGGCUUUCACUACUUUGGAAAUUUCAACAUCAACAUUUUGUACUUCUUCAUGAACAAGCACAAUAUUGAGCUGCGCUGGGUUGACAACAAGGAAAUAUUGCGCAAAAUAAAAAACAGCAAAGACAGUACCUGUGCUACACUGUUCGAUAACAAUCAGUUAAAUGACAAAACGUUAAUCGCAUUCGUCGUGAAUAUCGUUCGGGUCAACCUUUUCGAUUUCUACCACCACCGGCAUUUUUACACGAUAAGGAAAAUUUCAGGGAUGUGGUUCCAGUUGGAUUCCUCUUUGAGUAAACCCGUGUUGUUACCCACAAAUGAAGACAUAAACAAUCACUUAGUAAAAAUAGUAAAGGAUAACAAAUUUGAAAAAUCUGAUAAUUAUAUCAUACAAGUUUUUAAGAACGAGAAGAAUCACCACAAAUAA